AGCAACUGGUGCGAGUUUAAUGGACAAGGAAGAGAAAUUAUUUAUUUAGGUGAAACGUCAAAGUCUGCGCAGCAAAAACAUUUCCCUCUCGUCGAACUGUCCGACUCCGUGUCCAAGUCCUCAUCAUGCCUUUGUUCGCCCAGAACCCGUUCGACCAAGAUGUCGAGAAGGCAACCAAUGAAAACAACACAACAGAUGACUGGGGCCUGAUUAUGGACAUCUGCGACAAGAUCGGGACGACAGCCAAUGGACCAAAGGACAGCUUGAGAUCCAUCAUGAAGAGAAUCAAUCACAAAGUGCCUCAUGUUUCCAUGCAGGCCCUCAAUUUGCUUGGUGCUUGUGUGUCGAACUGUGGCAAAAUAUUCCACUUGGAAAUAUGUUCAAGGGAGUUUGCCACUGAAGUACGGAGCGUGCUGAGCAGGGCUCAUCCGAAGGUGUGUGAAAAGCUAAAGGCCAUGAUGGUGGAGUGGGCAGACAACUUCCAGAAGGAUCCACAGCUCAGCCUCAUCGGAGCCACCAUCAAGUCUCUGAAAGAUGACGGCAUCAGUUUCCCCUCAUCAUCCUCACAGGGGUCGACCACAAAGGUCAGCACACCUGCUGCAACCAAACCAUCCGAUGAUGACGACCUGGCCAAAGCCAUCGAGUUGUCCUUGCAGGAGCAGAAGCAGCAGGUGGAGACACGCCCCCUGGCUGUGACCUCCGACCCCCCAAGCUAUGCCAAUGGUGGAGGGGGGCAGGAGGCCCGGAAGGUGCGCGCGCUGUACGACUUUGAAGCGGCUGAAGAUAAUGAGUUGACCUUCAAAGCUGGAGAAGUCAUCCUGGUUUUGGACGACAGUGAUCCAAACUGGUGGAAAGGAGAGAACCACAGAGGAGUCGGCCUCUUCCCGUCCAACUUUGUCUCAACUGAUCUGAAUGCUGAACCGGAGACAGUGGCUUAUGUUGAAAAAACUGCCAGCCCUGAAGAGACGAUCCAGGAAACCAAAGUUGAGCCUGAGCCUGUCUUCAUAGAUGAGGGGAAGAUGGACAGAACGCUGGCACUGCUGCAGAAUGCAGAUCCUGCAGAUCUGGCUCCUGACACCCUGGAGCUCAUCCAGCUGGAGGGAGCGUGUGAACAGAUGAACCCGAUGAUUGAUGAGCAGCUGGAGGAGAUUGACAGGAAACACUCAGAAUUGUCAGAGUUGAACGUGAAAGUUCUGGAGGCUCUGGAACUUUACAACAAGCUCAUGAACGAGGCUCCGUUCUACUCAACCUACUCCAAGAUGCAGCCGCAGUACGCACCAUCCGGCUCAGCUGUGGCCAUGCAGGGCUACCUCGGACCAACCGGCGCCCCCUACCUGCCUCCAGCGAUGCCCCAGGUUCCUGCCGCACAGCCUUACAAUCUCCACAGCGACCAGCCCACACCUCUGCAUUCACUGCCCCCCAAUGUCUCAGCUCCGCCCAACUGCCAAGUUGCUCAGCCUCCCUACAUGAGCAGUGGCAUGAACACUCAGUACAUGAACCAAGCUGCGGGAGCUUCUUACCCACCUCAGGGGGGCGUGGCCAUGGACAUAUCGACCUAUCACAACUCGGGCAUGCCUCCCGUGUCCUAUCCUGUGGCUCCUCCUCUUCACCAGGCUCCCCCUCCUCCCCAGCAGACAUAUUAUCAACAGCCUCUGCUGUAAAACUCCGGUGACGGCAGACCUGAGAUUCAUUCCCACCUCAGAUGUUUCAGCUGCUGGCCGUGUGUUCACUCGGUUUACAGUGUGUGUUUGUACAUGUGUGUGUGUGUGUGUGUGAUAACUGCUUUAGGAUCAUUCCUGUCGAGCUGCAGCGAACACACUCUGGGAAGGUUGAAGUAACUGAGGUGUGUGAUGCAGGUCUGUUUUGUAACUGAGUCGGCGCUCGGCUGCUGUAUAUGAGGCUAAAUGUGUCGCCAGGAGUUUCUUCUUCUUCUACUUCUUUUUCCUGGUUGACUGAUAGCGACACUGGUUUUCACGAACAUCACAGGUCGACACAGAAGAAGAGUUGGCGCUGCUCAUCAGUGCAGUUGGAGAGACGUUAUCUCACUUUAUGGAAUUGAGCAUUUCACAAUCCACAGUUAAACACGAAACAAAGCUUCUCCCUCACGAUACUAUUCCUGAGUCCAUGCAGCAUGUCACCUUCGUCAGCUGUAACAGAGGGUCCGGGCCACGUCCACACUAAUGUAAUUAAAUGUAAACAUAUGCUAAUGUUUCUCGCUGCAGACCUCUCCGCCAAUUCUGAUGUUUUCCCGACUUCUUUCUGCAGCGCUUAUCGCCUCAUGAGAGAUCAAUGUAGUGACGCGGACGAGAGGGAGUACAAUACACAAGAGAUCAAAUAUAUAUAUAUAUCUCAAGUUCCAGCUCUGAAAGUGACCCUCACACGUGGGUGGUGUGGACAGCUGUAUUGAUCAAAACUGAUGCACAUCUGUUCUGUCACAUGUCCUCCGUCUUACGAGACAAGUGACGGACAAACGCGUCUGAAACGUGUCUCGUAGAGACGGCGUGCAGGCAGAGAGAAACACAGUUUUUGCGAAGUCAAUACAACUGGAAGCGCCACACACUGAAUACCCAUCAGUGCUCACCCACAUGCAUCGUAUCCCAGCGAACGCCAUUGGACACCCGGAUGGCGUUUUCCUCCAUGUGAACACGCCCCCUAAAUGUUUUGCUUCUCUAUAAGUUUUAAAUCACCGUCUUGUUUUUAAACGUACAGGCAGGUACGGCUCGUCCUGACGAUCCCUUUGUCCUCUCGUGCUGUUCGCGCUGACUGAUCGAAACACUCCGGGAUCGUGACGCGAGAGCUCGUCUUCCUGCCGUGUCAGCGUUCAGCGGUAUCUGUGGGACGAAGGCGCUCGCAGGGUGCAGUUAUUAAAAAAGCCUGGUGCUUCAUGUCGCCUCGUCACCAGCACAGAUCUGUUAUGUUAACAGUUAUAUUUGUCUGAAGGGUUCAAACGUUGCUUUCCCAUCAGCUCGCUGCCUUGUAAUCCAUCUGAGAUAUUUUUUUUGAGUGUACAUCUACGUCUUUUGCAUGUUUGUACGUGUCCGAGGGCUUUCUCUCGUAAAACGACAGAUUUUUUCCAAGGUCAGAUUUUAGGUUGAACUAAGAAGCAGGUGGUUGAUCUCUGUGUGUUUAUUAAUCUGAUAAAAUGUGUUCAUGAUUGUUGUCACUACCCUUCUGGGCUCUCUCCCCUUUGAGCAGAAGCUGUCGACUUGGAUUUCUAAAUGGUCAACGACAUUGCCCACCCCCACCCCAUCCCCCCACAUUGAUUUAUAUAGAUAUAUAUAUUGAGGCAUUGUUCAUGUGUGAUUUACACGAUUUCAGAAUGUUCCUUCUUUUUAUGUCCGGGCAAAAAUGCAAACGGAACAAAAUGUUUGUUGUUGUUGUUAAUAUGAAGAAAAAGAAGUGAGACGUCAUGUUUUUAACUUCGGUUGUUUCAUCAAAAAAAACAAAAAACUGUUGAGUUCAGUUUCUGGAGCAGCUCUCAUAGAAUCUCCAGUUCUGUUGCAGUCGCUCCGUAGUUAUGAUUUGUUAUCCAGAACUUUCUGUUUCCUUUGUGCGCCUCGUAUUACAGGCUCUGUAUAUUAGAUGUAAAAUACCUGGGUUUGUCAGUGACAUUGACAUCGCACCUUAGCUUUGUAAACAUUUAUUUACCACUGGAUGCCUUGUUUUUUCUGUAGAGAAUCAAAGGAAUGACACAGAUAGAACUUUGGCGAGUAAUUCUAGUCUCAGAAUCUGCUUGAUAUGUAUAAUUCUGUAUAUUUAAAAUAUCCCAGGAGAAGUUUCUUUAUCCAGGAUUUUAAAAAAACUGCUUUUGUAACAGAGCAAACAUAUAAAUAUUCUUUGAAAUAAAAAAAUGACGUGUCGUGGA